UCGAGUUGAAUUAGAACGUAAUUUAUAGUAGGUAUUCGCUUACAUUCAGAACUGUGUAAAACGCCUGGUACAUGGUUUUGAAAGUUAGAUGUUUAAUGGAAAUUACAUUAUGUGUGGAUAUGUUCAACCAGUAAGCAAUAUCACGGUUGAUUGCAGCAUCAAGCGGCGCUACCUGUUGAGUUUGGACAACACACUGCUCUUUGCCAAAACGAAUACUGUCAACUGCCCCAAUAGUUGAUAUUUGAAAAUAGUAGAAAGGCAGUCUCCUUCAGCGUUUUUUUAUACUUUAAAUGGAAAGGGACGUUUUAAUUCCAUUAUGGAUGUAUUUAUGUCCUAAAAUAUAAAACAGAAUGGCGGAAGCAGAAAACCUUGAAAACGAAAAAGAAUAUUUUACACGAGUUCAUCUUGCCUUGACGGAAUGUGGUACAGAAGUUUUGUGUAAACUGUUACUGAAGAAAGUAAAAGAGCUUACGCCUAAGGAUCACCCAUCAAUGCCAUGGUCAUUAGACGAAUUCUUGCACUAUAAAAAGAAGGAGAUUUUGUCAGCUAUUGGCAAAGACAGAAGCAAAGAAGAUAUUAUCUAUCCCUAUAAAAGGGACACUGAUUUGCAAAAGUGGGACAUCUCUAUGUUUGUUCACGUUAUCUUAACUGCAUGCGAUUUUGAUGCAAAUGAUCAAAUACAUAGACAACUGAAACAUGACAUUUGUAAUCUUCGAGACCUGAGGAAUAAAGUGUCCCACAGGCAAACCCAUAAAUUGACAAAAGCAAUUUAUCAGUCUUACUAUGGGCGCAUGCAAGGUUCCGCCAUUCGUAUAUGUGAAUAUAUGCAAGAACCGAAUUUACAAGACUCCUUUCAAACGAAACUCGAUCAAUAUAAAUGCCUUGGACAUGUUUACGUAAAUGGGUUGAUUACGGAGAACCACAAAACUGAAGAGGUCAUACACGAAGGUGAUGGUACAGUUGAAAGCAGUUUGCAGCAAAUAAAGUCCAUCAUUCAACAAAAGGGACUAACAGUGAAUAUACCAGCUGUGGAUGUAAUGCUGGUGCUUCAAAACUACAACAAGGACAAUGAACAGGCUGUUUCAGAAAGUCUUCAUGCGCUAUUUUCAGAAGCAUUUUUGAAGGAAAAUAUCUUGGAAACAAGCGAAACACUUCACUGUGUGGAUUUCCGGGCAGAUUUAAAAAACGAAGUGUUGUCGCUUGUACGAAAAUUAUUUCAAGAAAAGAGAACCAUUGCGAGAGUAAGCACUGGCUGUCUGAUCCUGACAAUACAGUGUCCAGAUUUAGACAGUGUUAUAUCCCUCAUUCAAGACAGUAUAUCGGGAAGGCUGACGGAUCUAUUUUCGUCGCUGGAAGAGGUUAUGAGAACUGAUCCAUCAAACGAGAGUUUUGAUGUGUAUGCUGGCAUCACAAAACAAACUGUUGGAGUCUCCUCAACACACUAUUUUGCGAUGUAUCGAAGGCAUGCUCUUAUAACAGUUUCACCAUAGAAAGUUUAAUACAAAACGAGGGUGUGUCGAUUAGAAUUUUAAAAUUCCUUGGGAGCGUUCAUGAAAAAGAAGAAAUAAUGGAACGUAUUUUGUCGAAUGAAAACAACGAAAUAAGAAUGCAAUUGACAGAGAAGCUGAAACAAUAUAUUUCGCAGCCUCGAUUGGAAAUGCAAUGUUUACCACAUGAAAGAAAGGGCGAAGCAUUUCGACACAAGGACGUUGAAACAUCAUUUUUGACGCAGCACGAUGAUGAUUUUCAACAGGCAUUGAACGAGAGUUUUGAAAUUGACAGGCUCAUGGAAACAAAUGCGGUUCCAGAGGACCGUUGGCGGUUGCUAAGGUCGCCUUCAUGUAUGGCCAGUUCAGCAGAUGGGGGAGUGGAAGAAUUAACAACGGGAUCAGCUUCUGGACAAAAGACAUUUGAUUUGAAAACAAGAUUUCCGGAAAAAGAUUCAAGUUUUCAUCCCCCGCAUACUUAUCCAAAAAUACCGCUUCAUUUCGGGAGCGAUACGACUGAAGUCAGCAAGAAUUUGCACAUGAAAUUGCAAAGGCAAAAAGACGAGAUGAAGCAAGAACUAGAGGAGCUAGCCAUCCUUCCUGACACGCUCGACCUAGAACUAGAGCGACUACUCAUUCGAGAGCAGACAGCUUUGCCCUAUGCGGCAGAUCAGGAUCUGUGUGUGAAGAGUCUGACGGACCCGGAACUCUCAUCACGGAACAAGGAUAAAGAAAUGAAAGAGAUUCGAGCCAUUAAGGUAAAAUCAAAGUAUGAACCAAAAUCCAUCAAGUUUAAAGAAGACCAAACGUUGCUAGACAUAGGAAAGUUGAGACUUGAAGAGGAGAAAAAUGAUGUAAAGUUUGCCAGCAACGAUAAAAGAGCAAACUACAAACACAGAUUUCCGUUCAGCAAAAGAACUAGGUACAAGGACUUAGGCAAUAAAACAUACCAAAGGACUGGUGGCCCGAUUCACAGGUCUCUAAAGAUGACUAAAGACCCAUACUCUAGGAUGGCAAGCAGGUCUCUGAAGAUGACUGAAGACCCAUACUCUAGGAUGGCAAGCAGGUCUCUGAAGAUGACUGAAGACCCAUACUCUUGUAUGACAAGCAGGUCUCUGAAGAUGACUGAAGACCCAUACUCUAGGAUGGCAAGCAUGUCUCUGAAGAUGACUGAAGACCCAUACUCUUGUAUGGCAAGCAUGUCUCUGAAGAUGACUGAAGACCCAUACUCUUGUAUGGCAAGCGGGCCCACUGAUGCUCCGACCCUCAAGAAAUUAGGGGAAAUGGAACUGCUGGGAACAAACGGGUAUGGGGAAUUCGGUUUCAUAUCCGGGAUGGCUGUUGUAGGGGACAGGUUCCUGGUGGCCGCAGAUCAUGAGGAAAAGUGUGUGCGAUGUUUUGAUAUGGAUAGUUGGAAACAACAAGUAAGGUGGUAUGAAAGUGAACUUCUACCUCGGGAUAUAACGACAAUACCUGGUAAUCGUGUGGCAGUGACUUCAAUCUAUAAAGUAUGGUUUCUACGUGUGACUGAAAAAGGGGACCUGUUCAUCCAGUGGUGA